ACCGCUUGUUUACGUUCGUGUAUGGUCGUUUGCGUGUAAGAUCCAGUUCAGUCCUGAAUAAGCACGAUGCAAAUUAUUGAAAAACAAAGUUAGCAGCUCAAAAAUGACUAAUUGCUUGAAAAGAGAGAAAAAAAGCUGUAAAACAACUCAAACUUUCAAUUCAAUCUCUGUCACACAAAGCGCGCUGAGACGAUCACACACGAUCACGCCACACAAAAGGAUCGCUGUGUACGAGUGAGAGAGAGUGAGAGUACGCAGCAUGCAACUGUACUGCAAGCAGUGCCUACUUGCUGCUAGCGGGCAAUGCAGAAGCAAAGAGAGCCAGAGAACGAUCGCGAUCGCGCGCGCUCUCUCUCAACCAAACGAAGGAGAAUGAAGGAACGAACCAAAACAACACAACAACCCUACGACGGGGUUUGAUCGUAGUAGCGUCAACGCGCGGCGUCAGUAGUGCCCUUACAGUGCGACGAUUUAGACGUGAUUUAGUGUGUGGCGCGCGCUUUGUCUCGUAAUUCCAUCGUCGGCAGUUGUUUCCGAUCGUGAGUUCUGUUUGUUGUGGUUCUGUGAGUGUUUGGAGGAAAAAAGCUAGAAGGAUUGCAACGAUACACGGGAUACUUUCUAGUGGCUUGGUGUUCUCGUUUCGUCCAAAGGAAGAAAAGGGAAGAACGUAGCUAGAGAAGUUGUACCCUCAGAACAAGUGUUCGUGCGAAAAGGUUGCAGCCUAGUGAAGCAAAGUCACGUUCUGAAGCAGGCUUCGUGAUAGAGUGGCACGUGCAAGAAGCGUACAAGAAACCAGUGUGCAAUAUCGUGCAGUGAAGGGUGCCGCACAUCCCAGACAUCCCGGCUCAGGGUGCAAUUGGUUCAUUGAGAUCAAUUGAGAUCAACCGAGUCUUGGUCUACGAACCGGAGUGCAAUUGCAGAAAUCGAGAGCAAUAACAAUUGAGUGCAAUUGUUCUAACCGUGCGUGAAGUUUACAUGAAAAUGAAUGUUCAUCAGUUCAUGAAGAGUCCCGAUUAAAAGCCUACGAAACCGUUGUAAAACAGAGUUACUAGAAGAAAAUAGUGCCCCCAGAAUAAGGAAGAAAAAUAAUACUCGUAACAAAUACUUAACCUCAACUCCUGCCACAAACAAACCACCAAACACAAUGGCCAUUCCGUUUCUUCAACCGGAAGACGACGAUGCUGCCCGGCUGCAGCAUGCCGCCACCCAGUCCGGACCGCCGACACUCGGACCCGUUUCACCGGGUCCCGGUUCCAGCGGUGGUCCCCUGCUGCAUCCGCCACCGUCGCCACUGGUCAGCGGAUCGAUACCGAUUCCGGGAUCACCCGCCCCGAUCGGGGUGCCUCCUCCACCGCCAAGUGGAACGUCCACUGCCGUCCAAACUCCACUGCUGGGACCGGCCGGGCUGAUGCACGGCGACCAGCUGGUGCAGCUCUUCUACGAGGCGCUCUACCGCUACUCGCGAGGAGACACCCCCUCGACACCGAUCUCGCAGUCGCCGCAGAGUUCGUCCUGCAGUCCGUUCACCACCGGGUACUACAACACGCCACCGGGAGGCCAGGUGUUCUUCCCGCAGACGCCCAGUGGAGUGCUGCCGCCGAGGACACCGAACGCGACCGGAGGAGGGGGUCGUGGUGGGGCCAGGAUUUUCUUCGGCCAGCCCACGCCCAGCCCUAGCGGCAGCAGCAGCUACAGCAGCAGCCAGCACAGUGCCAACAGCCCGGACGCGAGCCACACAACGACGCCGGCAUCCUGUUCGUCCGCGGCGCCCAUUUUCCACCAAUUCCCAUCGAGUUUUUCGGGACCCACCGCCGACGGCGGUUCCACCACAUCACCAGCAAUGGCCGGCCAGCCAACUUCCUGGCCGGACGACGGCUCGGAAUCGAGCGAGUCGGACUCGUCCCAGCCCUCGAGCUCCUCGGAAGCUGCGCCCACCGGAAGUUCCCCCACCGGGUGCAGUUCGCACUGUCUGGGACUGGGCCAGCUGCACCAGCACCGACUUCACCACCACCAACAGCCGCUGGACGUCGGGGGUGGAGGUGGCCCAAGUGGGUUCAUUCCGCCCCACCUGGACUUUAUGGCGGGUCGGGAGCAGCUGCAGGAGUUUGCCGGCAAGAUCCCCCAGCGCAAGAAGAAGUCCAAGGCCGGUGGCAAGUCCAAGAAAGCGGGGUUCCUGGAGCAAACGCUGGUGUGGCCAACGCUGGCCGUGACCGCAACGCUGAUCGCCCUCGGCUGCGGACUUCUGGCCGCCCGGUGAACACCGUCGUCGCUCGUCAUCCAGAGGCCAUUCGCUAAUAGCUGUGAGCUGCAGCAGUAAUUACAUAUCGCGUAUUUGUGGAGCAAAUCGAUCGGCGCGUGGUCUAGAUAUCCUCGAAAAAGGGUGUCCCGCUGGAAAAAAAAGGAAACACACUCACACACGCGAUAGGCAAUUUACCAUCCCAGAGGAGAAAAAGGGCGUGCAAAAAAAAGAAAGAAAACUCAUUUUUCUUACAGUUAGGCUAAUUAGUUGAAAGAGUAACCCCCCGUGUAGCGAGUAAGAGAUUUUAUUUUUAUUGAAACCUUGAAUUACGAAACCAUUUUGAAAUCCAUUGGACGGAUUGUGAUCUCGAUUUUUAUUUUUUUUUUCUGCAUGUAAUUCUCGUAUUUUUUUUCUCGUUCUUGAAAUCGUUAACAAAUUCAGAGUUUAGACGAAAAUCGAUAGACAAAUGUAAAUCCCAAAGUGAAUGUGAUUGAUUUUUUAAACGAUAAAAAAAUAUCUUUUUUUGUUCAUUUUCAUACAUGUAAUGUUAUAGAAAGUAGAUGAUAAGUGAAAAGCAAGAAUUUCUAACCAUAUGUUGAACUCAAUAUCGUGUAACGUUUGCAACACAGCAGCAGAGUGUAGCCAAUAAAGAUUUCCGUACCGCUUAAGCAAAACUGAUCUUUAGUUGAAACAGACAGCCAUCGGAUCGGGUAGUGUAAUGAUGUUUUAUUUUUCUAAGAAAAAUCUUCUAAAGAUGACGAUCAUCAGUGGUUUGAAGGAAAAGGGGAAAACCAAGUGCCGAUUUAAAAUAAUUAACUUUUAAGGUUACACAACAAACAUCUUAUCCAAUAACUUAGGAGGUUUGCAUUUAUAUCAAAAGUAGAGCAAAAUUGAAUCUUUCUCAAUUAGGGUGACAACAUGUCAAUUCGAAUAGAGAUUUAAGCAUGCGCCAAUACCAUUAAAUUUCAUUCAACACGGAUCCUAGAAUGGUGCCAUCUCAUUAAAAAAAAUCACAAUAAGGCAAGAUUGUUGAACGCUGAACUAUCAAUUUCUCUACUGCCAAAAUUGUUUCCGUGUUCAAGAGGUCAUUUUGAGCAACUUUUGUUCUACGAAAAAAAAAAUCGGGCAAUUUUUCCCGAUUUCGUGUGAGUUGGUAGAGAAUUACCCAUUUCUUAGCUAUUAUUUUCAAAUUAAAAAUUAUCAAUUAAUUUAAAGAUAAAUUGAAUAUUAAAAAAUAUAUUUUCACCUAACUUCAAAAAUGAGAAUAAUUUUAUUGAAUGCGAUUCAUCACGACGUGUCUUCUAGACAACUUUUAGAAGAAAAAAUAGUCAUUGCUGCUUUCAAAACUAUCUUUUAGGAAAUUUUCACAGUUUUCGAAUGCUUCCAUGAGAUUUUUUUUCUAAAGAGCAAUUCCAUGUCAAAUAGGGAAUCGGUUGUACCCGACCCUCUCCGAUUUCAAUGAAACUUUGUAGACAUGUUAUCCUACAUAUACAGCAAUUCCAUUUGAAAAGAGCCUAAACCGAAAAAAAAGUUCUCCGAUUGGGCUCAAUUUUUUUCUGGGGGUUCCUUGGCCAAAAUAAUAAGACCCGUAUUUUUUUGUUUGGCCAUUAGUGUGACCUACAUCGUGCUAGGGUGGUUCGAAAAAUGGCAAUUUUCGUCAUUUUUCGCAAAAACCUCUUUUUUCAAAAAAUCAUAUCUCCGCGCCAUUUCAUCCUAUUUUCGCUGUCUUAGACGCAAAAGAAAGAUGAUGAGUUUGACUAUUUGGGAAAAAUAGUAAGAAGUUUCGAAAAUCUAGCUUAAUAUUUGAAAAAGUCAUUUUCCCGUUUUUGCGCGUGGCGCGACGAAAAACUAAGUUUUUAUUUUCAAAAAAUCAUAUCUCCAAAUCGUACGGUUCGACAUCGCCAAAUUUUUUAAAUGUUAUGUGAAAUUUUCCGAGGAAUCCGAUAAAAAUAUUUUCAGACAUAGGCUCUUUGGUCCAGACACGGUCAAAACACCAUUUUAAGUUUUCAUGCGACUUUUUCAAAUGUUAAGCUGGAUUUUCGAAACUUCUUACUAUUUUUCCCAAAUAGCCAAACUCAUCAUCUUUCUUUUGCGUCUAAGACAGUGAAAAUCGGAUGAAAUGGCGCGGAGAUAUGAUUUUUUGAAAAAAGAGGUUUUUGCGAAAAAUGACAAAAAUUGCCAUUUUUCGAACCACCCUAGCACGAUGUAGGUCACCCUAAUGGCCAAACAAAAAAAUACGGGUCUAAUUAUUUUGGCCAAGGAACCCCCAGAAAAAAAUUGAGCCCGAUCGGAGAACUUUUUUUUUCGGUUUAUGCUCUUUUGAAAUGGAAUUGCUGUAUAUUAGGGUGCCCAGAAAAAAUGACCCCCUGCUCCACAAGCGGAAAACGGUUUAUUGGGUUACUCUAAGCAUCUGUGUAAAUUUUGAGCGAAAUUGGAUGAGAUUAACCCAUUGAUACCCGAGCCUAAAGUUGGUGAAAAAAAUGUUUUUCAUACAAAAAUGACUUUUUAAAAUCGCUAAUAACUUUUCAGAAUCGAGUUUCACAGCUUUGGUAUGUUCUACAAAGUUGUAGAGCAUUAAAUUUUCAAUAAGAAUCUCACUUUUGGGAAUAUUUGGAUGGUAAUAGCGCACCGUCCAGACCAAACCGUAAGAAACUUGGGUUUUCCAUACAUUUUUUCGAUUUUUCCCAUACAAACUUCACCUCCGAGUAUCAAUGGGUAAAUGAUUACCGAUUUUGCUCAUAUUUGGCCCAGAGUCCUAAAAUAUGUCAAGGAACAAUAUUCAGCUUGUGGAGCGAGGUUUUGAAAAAAGUGCCAUAUUCUGGGCACCCUACUGUAUAUAUAUAAUGUGUAUGUAUGGGCUUACAGAUAUAAACUAAUUACAUUGCUCAUCAUAACUCAAAACAUAAUAUUUUUUCAGUGUAGUAUAGUAACCUGGAUUGUAAAUUAGCUUAUAUCUGUAAGCCCAUACAUCCAAUUGAAAUGUGGUCAAAGACAAACUUAUGGGAAAUUGGACGAGCUUUCCGGUAAAAAUAUUUUCGAGACUGAAAAAUCAAGUCGGUCAUAUAGAAAUUGUCAAAAACCAUCAAAAAACCUAUUUUUUCAACAUUUUUAUUUUUAAAACCACUGUAACUUCACAAAGAUUGGACUUAGGACAAUGGUCAAUAUGGAGACUUUUAUGUAAAAUUGUCUGGAGAAUCGAUUCCCGCAUUCGGUUUUUGAAAAUUUUGACGUUCAGAGCACUUUUCAAAAAAACAGUUUCAGUAAAUGAUUUUUGUAUUUUUUUAAGGUGAGUUGCUCCAUCCUGCAUUUUUCGUGAGUCUUUUUGUAACAUCUUAGGCUAUUUUCACAAAAAUUUUGAAGGAAAAAAAAUCGUGGGCUCACCUUUAAAUUUGACCUUUAAACUUAAAAAUCAAAAAAUCUCAUAAAAGUGGACUGUUUUUUCUUUCAGUGCAUUUUUAUCAGAAAGCCCGUCAAAUUUCCUACAAGUUUGUCUUUGACCACUUUUUGAUACGAUGCAACGGCUUCGAGAUACAGCAUUAUUUAAAUUACGCAAUACAAAAAUAUUUAAAACACUUACGCCCUUCUCAAAUGUCAUUAUCGAGUUAACUGGCUUCAUAUACACAAAAAUGGCUUAUAUAUGCCUAGGAUAACAUGUCUACAAAGUUUCAUUGAAAUCGGAGAGGGUCGAAAAAAAAGUACCUAAAAAAAUCCUGUUUUGAGCAGGAAUUGCUCUAAAGAUUUUUGUUUUGAACUCUUUUAUUACCUAAUAACAGUUUAGGAAGCUUGUCAAAUGAUGUUUUUUUUGUCAAUUACUCAUAAGAUACGAAAAAAACUUUUUAGAAUGUGUCAAAUCGCUAAACAUGUUCAACAUUUAGGUUUAACUGAUUUUGUUUUUAAGUUUUAACAAAAACUUUGAAAACGCGGGCUUUAAAUAGAAAUUAUAAUCAUAAAACCGUUUAAAAAAAAUAACAAGAAUUAGAGUUUUGUGUACAAUGUUUUGUAUACAAUAAUCACCUGAGGGCUCUGAUUUAGCUGAAAAAUCUAAUUUUAGCAGGUUUUAGAUGGGAUUGGUAUUAUUGGAUUUUUAUGAAUAAAUAUCAUAUUUCUUUAACCAAACAUUCAACAGUUGCAUGGAUACGAAACAUGUUUUUGUUUAAAAUUGAACUACGAAUUACUUUUGCAAGCUUCAGAAGAAUAACUUUGUUUUAAUUGUUUUUUUUUAACUACGUUUUUCAAUUACUUGAAUUAUAUUAUUCUUCAAAUAUUUUUCGGGGAUAUUUUAUUUAAAUUGUUAAAAUAUAUUGAAAAUAAUAAAAAAAUUGUAACGUUGUUUUAAGCAAACACACAAAUUUUCUCGCUUUUUUCAAAUGCCUUUUUAAAGAAAAAAAAUUUUGUUACAAAAAUAUCUUUAUUUUAUACACACGAAAAACAUUACUUCUAAAGUUUGUUACAGUAAUUUAGAGUCUAUUUUCGAUUUAAAAAAAAAUGUAGCUAUGCACCUGGUUAAUGCUUGCUUUAAGAAAUAUGAUAUUUAUCCAAAUAAAUCCAAUAAAACCCCUAACAAUCUAAAAACUACGAAAAUUUCGGUUGCAUCAGCUAAAUCAGAGCACACAGGUGAUAUUUGUACACGCACAUUAUGUUAUUAUUAUAUUCCAAUAUUACAAAAAAACUUUUAAAAAAUAUCUCAAAAAUUUAUCGAUGAUACAAUUUGCUCCUUGAAGCAUCGGAAUGCAGAGAAAAUUCCCUAUAAGACCCUUUUGAAAGCUGCAAUGAUACAUUUUUAUGCCAAUUUGGUUCAAGAAAACAAGGCAUGAUUUGAUAUUUAGGAAUAAUUUCAUUUUAAUAGAUCGUUUUUACUUUAGCAGAAAUUUAUUUAUUUAUUUUUUAUGUUUGAGAUGAUUUUUUUUAUUAAAAUUUCUCUCAAACUUGUUUUUUAGACAAAAAAUAGGAAUUUUGUCUAAAAAACAAAUGAAUAAUUUUUUGCUUAUUUUAAAGUUUUUUGUCAUUAUAGGGAGGAUUGCAAAGUUUCGAAAAUGGAUUUAAUUUUCAUUAUUUUACUUGGCUCAAACUUUGUGGGGUCUUCCCUUUGACCAAAGAAGGCGUACAUACAAUUUUGACAGCUGUCCACAAACAAAUGGUACGUUAUUUUUUAGUGAAAACAAAGGAGUAUUUGAUGUACAUUUUAAAAUAACUGUUUUUCAGAAAAAUAAAAUUUCCCAAAAUCCUUGCAAAACGUGCAACUUAUGAGCAGCAGAGAAACACUUCCAUAAAAAUGAAACUGAAAUAUGAUUUAUUGAAAAAUUGUGUUUUUUGAAGCAAAUGAAAUCUUAAUCCAAUCAUUAUUUACUGCAGUUUUUAAUGUUAAAUCAAAUUUGCAAUUCUCUAAAAAAAUAAUGAUAACUUAAAACAUUGCAGCUAUUCGAUUUUUUAUGAUGAACAUUUCUGAAAAUAUUUAGUUUUAAAAAUUUCAAGCAAUUUCACAAAAUCUGGCUAAAAUAUCAACGAAAAUAUAGUUCAGUUUUUUGUCCCAGGUUCAAGGAAAAAUUCUAAAUCAACUAAAAAAAAUCCGUGUACCUAUUUUUUUAAUAGUCCUCAUGAAUACCUACAACUUUUGCGAAGUUAUCAAACUGUUCAGAAAAUUUAUUCAAUGAACAACUGCCAAAAUUAAAAAAAAAUUGUAUGGGUGAACCAGUGACAGACUUCUUUGGUUAUAAAGAAGUUUGAACCAACUAAAAAAAACACAAAACUUAACGAUUUCAUAGAGAACUGCUCAAUAGAAAAAUUAUGUCAAAACAUAGCUAAUAGAAUCUCCAAUUCUCAUAACAGUUAAAUUGUCAAACACCCUGACAUUUUAUUGUAGUAAAAUUACGUUUAACUUAAAGAAAAGAAAUUGUUAGCUCGGCGACAGCAAUUUUACUUACUUCAUUAUUUCCAUAAUAAAAUAAAAAUCAGAUUAAACCAGAACCUAAUUCAAAAAAAUUCUAUACAAAUUAUUGAACUGACAAGACUGUUGGAUACUUUGACCUUGACAUUGCCAGUUCACCGCCACUUAUCUACGAAUGAAAACAUUUAUUUGAUAAGAAACCCGAUCUACAUUAGUAAAAACAUACAACAUGCUUAAUCUAAAAACAAAAGCGAGAAGGUAUAUGAGGUUCAGAUUCUUUCGAAUCUUGCUGUGCAAAAUUCCCAAAGAAUUACAUGUUUUUUUUAUGUAUCAAUUCGAACGCAAUGAUCUCAAAUCCAACGCGCCUUUUUGUUUGUCAGUUUCGUGUUACAUGUUAUGUGCUCUAUUUUGUUCUCAACGUUCCAAAAGCGUAGCAAAAUUGCGACAAAUUUGUGUCCAUCAACGCAUUUCUCUAGUUUUCUUGCUUUCGUCCAACAAAAACAAUAAACGCAGGAAAUUGCAACAGCAUUUAAUUUAAGCAAAACACAGAACGAUUUUACUCCUCUCAGAAGAUUUUAUUCUUACUCAAUAAGUGUCAUAAAAAGCAACAGUUAAACAACAUUAAACUAGUGAAAUGACGCGUGUUUCGAAACGCAAAAUUGGAAUAAGCCAACAUUACAAAAAAUAAAAAACUGAGGAAGAAUCUAGCUGCUAGAAAAACUAGUCUUAGUUGAAUGUCGUUUUCCCCGUGCCAAACUCACACUGCUGGGCCUGGGAAAAUUGCUGUGAUGUACAUUUUUGAUCUCAUUUUGAAAACCGUUUCAUCUCAUGUACCAUAGAGCAACAGCAGCAGCAGCGAAAAGAAUAGGUGUGGGUGGAAUUCUUCUUUUUUUUUUUGUUGGUUAAGUUUUGUUGUCACAUAUCGGAUAGCGCAAUUUUAGGACGUGUUAAGCUGGUUAGCGAGUAAGUUUAAUAGAGUUAUAUAUUUUUUUCUGGAGAAGGGGAAAUGAUGAUAAGUAUAGUAAUACGAUGAAGAUUAUAUGAUGAUCUAGAACAGAUUUCUAUUGAGCUUUCCGCGAACGAUAUCUUUACUGUGUAAAUUUUUUACCUUUCUUACAGUAAAUGGAUCGAAAGUGGGACCGAUUGCAACUCAUUCGAUAGAGUAAACAUUUCGUGGGCGAUCUCAAAACGAUUCGCGAAUUAGAAAAAAAACGGUUAAGAUUAAAUUGGUAAGAAGCCAAAAUUUGUUACGAGAAGCAACGUAUUCGUCAAUAAAGCUGUGAAAAUUA